AAAAAAAAAAAAAAAAAAAAAAAAAAUAUAUAUAUAUAUAUAUAUAUAUAUAUAUAUAUGUAUAUGUAUAUAUAUAUAUAUAUAUAUAUAUGUAAUAAUAAUAAAAAUAAAAAAAUCGAUUUUUUAAAAAUGAGAACCGAUUCUUAAUCGCACAACGUAAACGAUUCGAUUCGUAUUCGAAUCGAUUUUUUCCCACACCCCUAGUAAAUUCUGUACAUUAUUAUUACAUUAUUUUAUAAUACUACAGUAGUUGUUUGUAGUACAAUCUCGUGUAUUGUUUUUUUCCAACAAUAUUUACUAUCUAAAAGUUUUAUUUUUUUCUUCCUAAAAGACAUGUUUAAAAGACAUUUGUUCCAGCAUGUUGGUGCCACGACCAAAAUGUACAGUAUUCCGAUACUUUUCAAUACUUUCUUAAAUAAAGGGGACUACAAAAUAAUGUCAAUAAUGGUUUUAUUUUAACAGAAAGGUAUGUCAUACAAAAAAAAAAAAAAAAUGUUGCAAUCAAAGAAGAAUUUUGGCAUGAAAAAAGAUACUGAACAUACUAGACAACUUGUCUUUUAUUAGUAAGUAUGGAAACUGGUUACAAAGGCUCCUAAUUUGGCUGCUGACGUAUGCAGUAACAAAUGAGGCCCAUUUCCACCAAUAGUUAACUUUUGGUUUCUGAAACCUCUGGUUCCUAGAUCUAUAGGUUCCUGUAGAAUCGUGUGGUUUGUGUUUCCAUAGCAUUUCACAGUUCGGGUAGUUCAUGCAAAUCAAGCAAAUGGCGUAUGGAGGAGUGGUUUACUACAUUCUUACACUAUGUUUCUGUUGAUUGUGUAUUUUACAUUAGUUUUAGGUGAUAUUACAAAUGUUGGUAUCAAUCCAAUACCAAAUACUUACAAGGUACAACAUUAGUCCUAAUCAAUGUUCUCCUGCGUCCAGGGACAUAUUUUUCCUGGAUUGAUAAACAAUAAAAAAAAUGGCCAAAAUGUGUGAUAAUAAAAAGUGUCGAUAUAGUCAUUGUAAUAUCGACUAUGUACAGCUCUUAAACGUAUUGUGACAGUGGGUAUUUGUAAAGCUCCACCCCUUUGUUUCCAUUGAGGAGCGUUAGCUUGCUGUUAGCGGUGAGCUAUUGUAAAGUCAUUGUAAAGUAUCAAAAGUAUAUAUAUUUUGAUUUGAGACUCAAUUUUGGAGCAUACACAACUGGUAUCGGCGGUAGCGAUAUUUCAGUAUGGACGCGCCUGCAACCUGUCCACAGUGUAUAAGCGUUGGAAAUCAAUGAUUCUGUGAGCGUGAGACAUUUGCCAAGACUUCCUGUUUGAGCCUUAACUGCUUCCUUCUACGUGGUUCGAGCAUGUGUCCAUGCUGGUCAUCCUCCUCAACUGCGUCACCCUGGGGAUGUUCCAGCCCUGCGAAGACGUGGAAUGCCUGUCCGAGUGGUGUCGCAUACUCCAGGUUUUGGACGACUGUAUAUUUGCCUUCUUUGCGGUGGAAAUGAUCAUCAAGAUGGUGGCCCUGGGGAUUUUUGGCAGCAAUUGUUACCUUGGCGACAAGUGGAACCAGCUGGACUUUGUCAUUGUCAUGGCGGGGGUGUUGGAGUACUCACUGGAUGGACAGAAUGCCAGCUUCUCAGCCAUCCGCACAGUCCGAGUUCUACGGCCUCUGCGGGCCAUCAACAGAGUACCAAGUAUGAGAAUCUUGGUGACGCUGCUGUUGGACACGCUUCCAAUGCUGGGAAAUGUCCUCCUCCUCUGCUUCUUUGUCUUUUUCAUCUUCGGAAUUGUUGGAGUGCAGCUGUGGGCGGGGCUACUGAGAAACCGCUGUUUUCUCCGAGAGGACAUCAGCAAAAUAUACAACCUGUCCAUCAGUCCCUACUACAUGUCGGAGGACGGCGAAGACAGCCCCUUCAUCUGCUCGGCAGCUCGCGAGAACGGGAUGCUGCGGUGUCAUGACCUCCCUCCCUCCGCGGAGGCCAAGGUUGAGUGUUCGCUGCCGGCGCCUCACCAGAGUCCGCCCCCUGCUGUGGGAGGGGCCAGCGUCAACGGGUGUGUUAAUUGGAACCAGUAUUACAACGUGUGUCGCCCGGGGGACUUCAACCCGCACAAAGGAGCUGUCAACUUUGACAACAUCGGAUAUGCUUGGAUUGCUAUUUUCCAGGUCAUCACGCUGGAAGGAUGGGUGGAUAUCAUGUACUAUGUCAUGGAUGCUCAUUCCUUCUACAAUUUUGUAUAUUUUAUACUGCUCAUUAUUGUGGGCUCCUUCUUCAUGAUCAACUUGUGCCUGGUGGUCAUCGCCACCCAGUUCUCCGAGACCAAGCAGCGCGAGAACGCCCUGAUGCGGGAGCAGCGCGCUCGCUACAUGUCCAACGACUCCACGCUGGCCAGCUACAGCGAGCCGGGCUCGUGCUACGAGGAGAUGCUGCGCUACAUCAGUCACCUGUAUCGCAAGCUCACGCGCCGGGUGCAGAGGGUGUACUCCGGCUGGCACAGUAAACGUCGUAAAAAGGUGAACCCUAACGGCAGUGGCGGAGGCGGCACCGCUGGAGGUAACGGACACGGCCCCGGCUCCAGCAGAGGCCCAGGUAGCGCUCGGUGGCUGAGACCCAUCCACAACCUGUUGCAACACCAUCAGCACCACCACUGCCGGCUCAGCAACGGCGGGCAGCACACCAUGGCCGCCACCAGCGCCGAACACUCGGACACAGAAGGAGUCGCCGGAGGAGCGGAGGAGCUGGAGAUGAAGUCGCUCCCUGUCGGUCAAAGGAGUUCUAACGGGAACAGCGGCGGUCAGUCGGUGGUCAGCCAAGGCAUGGGGGCCUUGCUGAGGAGACUGAACGGCGGCAUGAACUACCCCACCAUCCUGCCGUCCUUCGUCUGCAGCUACAGCAGCAAGACGCCGCCGCCUCACUCCCAGCAGGGGGGCCACAGUCCGGAGCCGCAUCCGCCGAACCACCCCGCGUCGGAACACGCCGACAAACUGACCAAGCUCUACCAGCUCGUAGGACAACACAGUCACCAGAGUGUGCUGUACCAGCUGGCUGGCGUGGUGCCCAGUCCUCUGCUACUGGAGCUGCUGGGCUGCCCCCUGUGUGCCCGCAGCCUGGAGACCUUGGAGCUGGAGCUGGGGGACCUGGAGGGCGGCAAGGGAGAGGCUGACGGACUGCAUGACUUCCCCCAGGGGGGAGACCUGAGGUGCGGGCGAGGUCGCGGCAGACGGCGAGCGGCCGGGGAGUACAAGAACGGAGUCCUUCGGGCGUGGAUGAACUUCAGGGAGAGACUGAAGCGGAUCGUGGAGAGCAAAUACUUCAACAGAGGGAUCAUGAUCGCCAUCCUGGUGAACACUCUCAGCAUGGGGAUAGAAUACCAUCAGCAGCCGGAGGAGUUGACAGACGUGCUGGAGAUCAGCAACAUCGUCUUCACCAGUAUGUUCGUCUUGGAGAUGGGCUUCAUGCUGCUGGCGUUCGGCCUGUUUGGAUACAUCAAGAACCCUUACAACAUAUUUGACAGCAUCAUCGUCAUAAUCAGCGUGUGGGAGAUCAUUGGUCAAAACGAUGGCGGGCUGUCUGUCCUGCGUACGUUCCGUCUCCUUCGGGUGCUGAAGCUGGUCCGCUUCCUCCCCGCCCUAAGGAGACAACUGGUGGUCCUGAUGAAGACCAUGGACAACGUGGCAACCUUCUGCAUGCUGCUGAUGCUUUUCAUCUUCACCUUCAGCAUACUGGGCAUGCAUCUUUUUGGCUGCAAGUUCAGCAUCCAGACCGAAAACGGAGACACCAUCCCUGACCGCAAGAACUUUGACACUCUUCUAUGGGCCAUCGUCACCGUGUUUCAGAUUCUCACCCAGGAGGACUGGAAUGUGGUGUUGUACAACGGCAUGGCUUCCACCUCGCCGUGGGCCGCCCUCUACUUUGUCGCCCUGAUGACGUUCGGAAACUACGUGCUUUUCAACUUGCUGGUGGCCAUCUUGGUCGAAGGCUUUCAGGCUGAGGGUGACGCAAAUCGCUCCGAGUCGGACGAUGAGAAGAAGUCUGACAACUUUGAGGACGACGAAAAAGUGGAGCAGCUCAGAGACACUGAGUUGAAGAUGUACACCCUGAUGAUGACGGCCAACGGUCACGUCGACCCUCGCAGUUCCAUGGCUCCUCCCAUCAUCAUGCGAACGGCGGCCACACCCAUGCCCACCCCGAAGAGCUCUCUGGGCCCAGAGUCCUACAUGGGGGACGAGGUGAUGGCUCGAGAGGGAGUGCUGCCGUACGGAGAGAUAGGACUUUCCGAAGCGGGGAGCGUCCACGUAGAGUCUCGUCGCGGAAGCGCCGCGUCCGUGGAUGCCUUAGCGUGUGAUCAACGAUCUCUGAGCCUUUCCAGCCCGGGCCGCCGAUCCCCUCUCCCUCUUCUUGGGUCCAGCUCGUGGGGAAGCCGCCGUUCCAGCUGGAACAGCCUGGGGAGAGCGCCAAGCCUCAAAAGACGAGACACCACGGGGGAAAGGGAGAGCCUCCUGUCUGGAGAGCGGGGAGAGGAGGAAGACGACGUGGACGGCAGGGAGGACAGCGGGGGUUACGAUAACAGACUACGGCCCGGCUCCUUGGAGCAGCUGCAAGUGCCCACUCUCUGCCCGUCCAUCGUUGCCCAAUAUGGCGACUGCAACGGAAGGAGCUUGACCUACGACGCCGGCGCUAACGCUGAAUCGAAGGAGGACUCCUUGCCUGAAGAUGACAUGGAUGAUGAUAGUUCUGUCUUCUACAUAAUAAAGAAACACCUUCUCAACAUGAAGCCUCGCUGGUGCAUAGACCAUGAAGACUGGACGUUGUACUUGUUCUCACCAGAGAACUCAUUCCGAGCGUGGUGCCAAAGUGUGAGCUCUCACAAAAUGUUCGACCACGUGGUUUUGGUUUUCAUCUUCCUCAACUGCAUCACAAUCGCUCUGGAAAGACCAAAUAUACAAGACAAAAGCACGGAGCGAGUAUUUCUUCGAGUGUCCAACUAUGUUUUCACUGUGAUCUUCCUAGCAGAGAUGACCAUAAAGGUGGUUGCACUCGGGUUCUGCUUCGGGAAGCAGACCUAUCUCCAGUCCAGCUGGAACAUUCUGGAUGGCGUGUUGGUGUUUGUGUCUAUGGUGGACAUUCUUGUUUCUCUGGCUUAUUCUGGUGGCAACCGGAUCCUGGGCAUCCUCAGAGUCUUAAGACUGCUUCGCACUCUACGCCCACUCAGGGUGAUCAGUCGUGCGCCCGGACUGAAAUUAGUUGUGGAGACUCUCAUCACUUCUCUUCGACCCAUCGGCAACAUUGUCCUCAUCUGCUGCGCCUUCUUCAUCGUGUUUGGUAUCUUGGGAGUGCAGCUAUUCAAAGGGAAGUUCUUCCAUUGUGAAGGUCUGGACACCAAAAACAUCACCAACAAGUCGGACUGCCUGCACGCCAACUACAGCUGGAUACGAAGGAAGUACAAUUUUGACAACCUGGUUCAGGCUCUGAUGUCUUUGUUUGUGCUAUCCUGCAAGGACGGCUGGGUCAACAUCAUGUACGAUGGCCUGGAUGCAGUAGGAGUGGACCAACAGCCCGUGAGGAACCACAACCCUUGGAUGUUGCUCUACUUCAUCUCCUUCCUGCUCAUCGUCAGCUUCUUCGUUCUCAACAUGUUUGUCGGCGUGGUGGUGGAAAAUUUCCACAAGUGCCGGCAGGACCAGGAAGAGGAGGAGGCUCGCCUGCGUGAGGAGAAAAGGCUGAAGAUCAUAGAAAAAAAGCGCAGGAAGGCCAAGCAGAGGCCGUACUACGCCGAUUACUGCGCACCGCGUCUGACCAUCCACACGCUGUGCACCAGCCACUACCUGGACCUCUUCAUCACCUUCAUCAUCUGCAUCAACGUGUUCACCAUGAGCAUCGAGCAUUACAAUCAGCCGCAGUAUCUGGAGGAAGUUCUGAAGUACUGUAACUACAUAUUUACCUUCAUCUUCGUCAUCGAGGCCAUGCUUAAGCUCGUGGCUUUUGGGAUUCAGCGGUUCUUCAAAGACAGGUGGAACCAGCUGGACAUCGCCAUUGUGGCCUUGUCCAUCAUGGGCAUCAUCCUGGAGGAGCUGAAGAUGAGUGCAGCUCUUCCCAUAAAUCCCACCAUCAUCAGAAUUAUGAGAGUGCUCAGGAUAGCGCGAGUGCUCAAACUCCUGAAGAUGGCCACCGGCAUGAGGUCUCUGCUGGACACUGUCAUGCAAGCGCUGCCACAGGUGGGGAAUCUAGGCCUCCUCUUCAUGCUGCUCUUCUUCAUCUACGCCGCGCUGGGAGUGGAGCUCUUCGGCAAGCUCGAGUGCAACGACAACAACCCCUGUGAGGGCCUGAGUCGCCACGCCACCUUUGAAAAUUUUGGGAUGGCCUUCCUCACAUUGUUUCGAGUGUCCACUGGAGACAACUGGAACGGGAUUAUGAAAGACACACUGAGAGACUGUCGUCCAGAGGACGGCCACUGUCUGACCUACCUGCCUCUGGUGUCCCCUAUUUACUUUGUCACCUUUGUGCUCAUGGCCCAGUUUGUGCUGGUUAAUGUGGUGGUGGCUGUGCUGAUGAAGCACCUGGAAGAAAGCAACAAGGAGGCCAAAGAGGACGCAGAGAUGGAUGCAGAAAUUGCCAUGGAAAUGGCGAUGGAGCAGCAGCGCAGGUUAAGCACCGCCUCCAGCAGCAGCUCGGGGGCGGGGACCUUUGUUGGUCCAUGUUCACAAUCACCUGACCAGGAGGCGGUGGCGGUGCAGUGCAGUGACGAGGACGCCCAGCAGGUCUCAGAGAAGAUGUCCGUGUCCAGGAUGCACUCUCUGCCCAAUGACAGCUACAUGUUCCGCCCGGUGCGGCCCGCCAGCGCUCCUUUCCCUCUGCAGGAAGUGGAUGUCGGCGCUCACGACCAGCAUUCAGGCUCGCUGACGUCAGUUCGCUCUCAGCCAUGUGAGAGCCAAGCUCUGCUGCAGGUCCCCGACCUUUCCCCCGUCCGGCCCCGCCUCCAUCCCUCCGUCAACUUGCCCCGCCUGGCCCCGCCCACGCCUAGCCCCUCCCCUCGGGCACUACGCAGACAGGUGGCGGUGAAACUGGAUUCUGUGGAAGUCCAAAGUUUCGAGCAACACGAGGGGCCCGUCCAUCUCCCGCCGCCGUCGCCUUCACCGCUCGUCCCUCUCAAUCCUUCUCCUCUCCCUCAUUUAAGCCCCUCCCCUGUUCCCUUGCCUCCUCCGCCACCAUCGCCCUUGCUUCUGCUGCCGCCACCCCGCUCCCCUCGCCUCCUGCUCCGCACUGGCAGCCUCCACAGGCCGAGGCCGUCCUCUGCUGCCUCUCUCGUCGACCCGGUCGACGAGGAGGUGUGUCACAUCACCAGGUUGGCCCGCCGCAGGCAGUACGGCGACGCCGGCGACAGGGAGGACAUCCAGGGGAAGGCCCCGCGUAGCCACUCCCUUUCUCCUUACAUUGACUCCACUUCCUCGCCUGUUGCCUCCACCGGGCUUUUGGAUGCAGACCAGAAGGACCGGGACUUCCGGGAAGGCUUCAGCAUGGACACCAGGCGCGAGCCCUCACUGUUGUCCGCUGUUUACUCCGACGAGCAUCGGCGCCACUCUAUCGAGGUGUGCUUGCCUCAAGACGAACACCUAAAAGUCGAAAAACCCCACAAGGAGAAGGGAACGUUCCCUAUGAGGGUGCAGUCGUUUGGAGGCGGACACCGCAAGAAGAAGACGAGUCCUCCUUGCAUUUCCAUUCAUCCUCCUUCCGAGCGGGAGCACCCUCCCUCGCCACCUAAACUGGCCGACUGCAGCAUGAUGCUGAGACGACGCACGCCAUCUUACGACCUGAGCGCACACACCCAAGAGAGUUCGACGGACCCGCAGCCGCCCUCGCCGGUGCACCGAGUGCUCGUACCGCACUCCCUGACACCUUCUCCGGUGUCCACGCCCACGCGCAUGUACACACCUCCAUACCCGUCCACACCCACGCACCCGCCCAUCCCUAUCAGUCCAAAUAUCUUCAUCCAGCCGCACGCCCCUCUCCUACCGACGCCUUUCUCCCAGACCCGACACCUCCCGCCGGGCGCCAGGCACGCCUCUCUCGGCAGGGAAUGCAUUCCCCUCCCCCAAUUCACCUUCGACCAACCGCAGUCCAGAUACCUGUCAGACAACGACCCCGCCAUGUGCGCUUCGCCGUUUGACAGCAGACUGGGAAGCGGCGCCGGAUUCAGCGCCAAGAACCGGCGAACCGCCCAGUGAGCAUCGGGAACAGGAAGGGAAUUCCAAAAUGGAGUCAAAGCCGAACUCUGGGAAGAGUUUUCCGCGAGCAAACUCUUUUGUCUUUCUGGAAGUUUGUGGAUCGCAGACCUCAGACACAACAGACGUCGUCCAAUCCCGCAGUGGAUCUUCCGUCUGGAUCCAGAUCCAGGGAGGCAGCGUCCCAACAGUUUCCAACGUACAUGUCGUGUUCGGGACUCUCCAGGACUAAAGCCACCUAACUCUGUAGCCAAAGUUUUUUUGACCCACCCACGCGAGCCAAUCAGGAAGCAGCGUCUGGCUGACAACCUCCAAACCUUUUACAGGAAGCGGUUUGUGAAGCGCGAGUGUGGGGCGGGACUACGGGAUAUGCAACUUCAGGUUUUCUACAGAAGUUCUGCUUACCCUCUCUUCUGCUCCUCGAUCACAUUGAUCCCAGCAGAUUUACGCCUGUUUCUUCCCGUGUGUGCGUGUUUCUACGUUUUCCGACUCAAAAAUCUGUAGAAUUUACGGUAAAAAAACAGGUAGGCACAGUCCGCAGGAUUUUGACAUGCAAGUUGUUUUUACAGUGAGAUACUGUAAAUGGAUAAAUGGUACCGCUAUUUUUACAGUCAGAAUCUCGUUACUGAGCUGCCAAAAUUUUAGAGUAAUGUUUUUUUCCCCCUCAUUUGCUGUAAUGCAAUGUAAAACAGAUCGUAGAUUUAACGAUGAAAUACUGGCAUCUUAGUCACAAUUUUACAGUAAAAAUUACAUUUACACACAAAAAAAUGCUGGAUUAUUUUGCUAACCCGAUUUAUGAGUUGCGAGUGUUGGGUUGAAUUUUGGAGUUAUUAUUAUGAAGAGCAAUCAAUUUUUUGGGCUAAAAGAGUAUUAUUUUAACUCAAUUUCUGGGUUGCGCAACCCAAUUAGGGAAUAACCCAACAUUGUAGUGAGCAUAACUCAGCUUUUUUGUUCAAAAUAAACUCAACCCAAUAGUUGGGUUAUGAAUCAACCAACAUUGAGUUAGCUUAACCCAACUUUUGGGUUAAAGAAUUGAACCCAAUAGUUUGGUUGAAAAUAACCCAACAUUAAGUUAUCAUAACUCAACUUUUUGGUUAAAUAAAUGAACACAAAAGUCUGGUUGAAAAAGAUAACCCAAAAUGUUGAAUUAAGAUAACUCAAAUAAGGGGUUGGUCCUUUUCUGAACCAUUAUUUUUUAACCCAUAUUUUUUUAGUGUGUAGCGUCAUUCCUUUUACAGUAAGUUGGCGUAAACCUCUGUAAAAUUGAAGGUAAAAUUUUGGCAACUGAGCUGUAAAAUCUACUGACACUGUUGUAUUUCUUAACAGCGCAUUACUGUAAAUAAAAAAAUAUCUUUACCAUAAUAUGCUGAUGAAAUUUGUGUUACUAUAAAAUCUACAGUACUGUGAUUUUUUAUUUUUACAGUGCAUUAUUGUAAAUAGAAAAAAAAAAUGGAACCAAUUGUUUUACAGUUAAGUUUGGUAACUAUUUAAUUUUAAUUUUUUUUUCCUGAAAAAUAUACUAGCAUUUUUUUUCAACUGUGCAUUACUGUAAAUAAAAAAUCGUAUCACUGUUAUUUUCAGUAUGGGAUGAGUAAUUGAAAUCUAUGGUCUUUUUUUUACUGUCCAUUAAUGUCAAUUUAAUUUAUUUUUAGGGUUAAAAUUCUGCCAACUGA